CGGUACCCAAAGGAACGAUCUUUCGUCCAUGACGACUCACCUUCUCCCCAUCACUCUGCUCUCCCUGCUCGCCGCGGCCUCGUCCCACCACCCGAUUGCAGCUUCGCCGCACGGCAGGGACGUCGUAGUGGCGGUCCGGGAGAUGCAGCGCGCCAGCUACUUCUCCUUCGCCAUGCUCAUCCAGAUGGUGCAGGACAAGCUCCCCGACAACUCCACCUUCCUGAUGCCCAGCGACAGGAUGCUGUCCAAGAUCCUCAUCCCCGAGAACGAGGUGGUGGCGUUCCUGGGCAGGCAUUCGAUCCCCUCCCUGCUGCUGUUCGACGACCUGCGGCGUCUCCCCUCGGGGACUCUGGUUCCCACGUACCAACCUGAUUCCAUGAUCACAGUGAACAACAGCGGGAGGAGGAACCUGUACCUCAACGGCGCGCUGCUGGUGCGCCCUAAUGUUUGCACCGCCGGCCCGUCGUUCAGGUGUCACGGAAUCUACGGAGAGAUGACAGCGGUCGCCGCGAACAGAGCUGCGCCACCCAACUGCGCCGGAGCAGCCCCGCUGCCACCAGCGGCGGCAGUCCCUCUCCUGGCACCGCCACCUCAGCCGACUUCGGUCGCUCCCCCCAGUGUGAACGCCGCCGUCAGUCCUUCCCCUGCAGGAUUUGACAACAGUGCGAGGAGGUCGGGUUCUCCCGCGAUCAGUUUUAGCAUGGCCUGCUCUGCUGCCAUGGUACAGUUCCUAAUAUUAUCAAUGGUGAACAAUCCAAGUUAGAUCACUACCACUCAGGUUUCAUAUAGAUCUUUAGUCUGCUUAAAAGAAAGCCAAUGAUGUCAAUUCAAGAGAAAGCAAUUGUUCCAAACUACAAAAAAAAAGAAAAAAGCAUAGUUUUAGUAAAUCAAAGAAAAUUGUAAUGAAAUUGCAAGGCAUCAAAUCUGGUGGUCUCAGUA